GAAACGGAUCAAGAUGGUGAAGCAAUCGCCCAAGAUGACGAAGCUCGUCGUCUCGGCCAUCAAGAACCUCCGCGAUGUCCAGGGGUCUACCACCAAGGAUAUCCUGAAUUAUGUCAUGAAGGAAUAUAAUUCGGAGCCUUCGCUCGAGCGGCGGUUACGAACAGCGCUGAAGCGUGGCAUCGACUACGGCAUCCUCGUGAAAAAGGGCCCGCACUACCUCCUGAACACCGAGCCAGAGAUGUCGGUAGCCGAGCAAGCCCCGAUGGAGCGCGGGGGCCGCAGACGAAAACGAGGAAAAAAAGGUCGCCGGGGAAAGAAAGGCGGUCGCCGUGGCCGCGGCCGCAAGCGUCGCGGAGGAAAACGCAAGCGUGGAGGAAAAUCUCGCGGGCGCAGGCGCCGUAGCCGUCGCAGGAGACGCGGAGGUCGCGGAAAGAAGAUGAGGAAGCGCGGAGGAGACGACAACAUGGACAUGCUCCACAAAGAGCCCUUCGAGGCCGCCCCCGUAGCCCCCCACGGAGACCCCGACGCCCCGGUUGGACCCCAGACCUACGAUCGCCCCCGAAGCCGCAGCAGGUCCCGACAGAGCCGCAGCAGAAGUCGAAGUAGAUCCUCUGGCAGCAGCGACCGAGAGAACCACGAUUCCCGACGACAGGCCGACUGA